AUGCCGCGCAUAUACGCCAACAUCAGCCAAGCGAACUCGAUACAGGAACUAGUGGUGCUCGGGGGCGAAGUAUCGAGCUCUAGGAACAACCUAACGUCGCCGUACAUCAGUCCUGUGAUUUGA